AUGGCCUGGCCCAUGACACAGUUGCUGCUUCUGGCUUUGGUGGCUGCUGCGUGGGGUGCCCAGCCCAGGACUCCAGGGGCUGGGAUGGACCUGCUCAACGUCUGCAUGGACGCCAAGCACCAUAAGACAAAGCCAGGCCCCGAGGACAAGCUGCAUGGCCAGUGCACUCCCUGGAAGGAGAAGGCCUGCUGCUCAGCCAGCACCAGCUAGGAGCUGCACAAGGACACCUCCCUCCUGUACAACUUCACCUUGGACCACUGAGGCAAGAUGGAGCCCGCCUGCAAGCGCCACUUCAUCCGGGACAACUGUCUCUAUGAGUGCUCACCCAACCUGGGGCCCUGGAUCCAGGAGGUGAACCAGAGCUGGCUCAAGGAGCGUUUCCUGCACGUGCCCCUGUGCAAAGAGGACUGCCAGCGAUGGUGGGAGGACUGUCGCACCUCCUACACCUGCAAGAGCAACUGGCACGGGGGUUGGACUUGGCCUUCGGUUGGGGGAAUUAACCGGUGUCCAACCGGGACCACCUGCCGCACAUUUGAGACCUACUUUCCCACGCCUGCAGCCCUGUGUGAGGGCCUCUGGAGUCACUCCUACAAACUCAGCAACUACAGCCGAGGGAGCGGCCGCUGCAUCCAGAUGUGGUUCGACCCGGCCCAGGGCAACCCCAAUGAGGAGGUGGCGAGGUUCUAUGCCCAGGCCAGGAGUGCCGGGGCCCUGCCCCGAGGGCUGGAGCCUCUCCUGCUCAGCCUGGCCUUGAUGCAGCAACUCUGGCUGCUCGGCUGA